AUGGGGGAGCUGAUGAAGAAGGACAUCAAGUGCGCCCCGGACUGCAAGGCCACGGACGAGGUGAAGGGGAUGGUGUCGGCCAUGAGCGAGGGAGACGUUCUGAUCCUGGAGAACACUCGGUUCUACAAGGGAGAGACCAAGAACGAUCCUGAGCUGGCGGAGAGCAUGGCCAGCCUGGCGGACCUGUUUGUGAACGACGCGUUCGGCACCGCGCACCGCGCGCACUCCUCCACCGAGGGCGUGACCAAGUUCCUGAAGCCGAGCGUCUCGGGCUUCCUGCUGAAGAAGGAGCUGGACUACUUGAAGGGCGCCGUAGACAGCCCGGUGAAGCCGAUGGCGGCCAUCGUGGGCGGCGCCAAGGUGAGCACGAAGAUCCCGGUGAUCGAGUCCAUGCUGGAGAAGGUGGACAAGGUGAUCAUUGGCGGAGGCAUGGUGUUCACCUUCCUGAAGGCACGUGGUCUCUCGGUCGGGAACUCCCUGGUGGAGGACGACCUCAUCCCAGUUGUGAAGAAGCUGGAGGAGCAGGCCAAGGCCAAGGGCGUCGAGAUCAUCCUCCCGAGCGACAUAGCCUGCGGCGACGAGUUCCCCGCGGGGGGCAAAGAGGUGAACUACAAGGUGGUGCCCGCAGAUGCGAUCCCAGACGGCUGGCUCGGCCUGGACAACGGCCCGAAGGCGACCGAGGAGAUCAAGGCUGCUCUGGCGGAUUGCAAGACGAUCAUCUGGAACGGCCCGAUGGGCGUGUUCGAGAGCCCGCAGUUCAGCAAGGGCACCUACGACGUGGCGGAGUGCAUCGCCGAGCUGACGGAGAAGAACGGCGCCAUCAGCAUCAUUGGUGGCGGUGACUCCGUGUCCGCGGUGAACAAGUCCGGCCUGGCGCCGAAGAUGUCGCACAUCUCCACUGGGGGCGGUGCCAGCCUGGAGCUGCUGGAAGGCAAGGUGCUGCCAGGUGUGGCUGCGCUGGACGAGAAGGAGAUGGCCGCCGCUGCGUUCUGCGGACAGCGCAAGGUCCCCAAGGCUUCCAGGACCAGCCUGCGGGCCAAGAAGUCCGUGGAGGACCUGGGCGAGGCGGACCUCAAGGGGAAGACGGUGCUGAUCCGGUGCGACCUCAACGUGCCCCUGAACGCGGACCUGGAGAUCACGGACGACACGCGCAUCACGGCCUCGAUCCCGACGAUCGAGUACCUCUGCAGCAAGGGCGCCAAGGUGCUGGCGUGCUCCCACCUGGGGCGCCCCAAGGACGGGCCCGAGGAGAAGUUCUCGCUGAAGCCAGUGGCGAAGAAGAUGGGGGAGCUGAUGAAGAAGGACAUCAAGUGCGCCCCAGACUGCAAGGCUACGGACGAGGUGAAGGGGAUGGUGUCGGCCAUGAGCGAGGGCGACGUGCUGAUCCUGGAGAACACUCGUUUCUACAAGGGGGAGACCAAGAACGACCCCGAGCUGGCGGAGAGCAUGGCCAGUCUGGCGGACCUGUUCGUGAACGACGCGUUCGGCACCGCGCAUCGCGCGCACUCCUCCACCGAGGGCGUGACCAAGUUCCUGAAGCCGAGCGUCUCGGGCUUCCUGCUGAAGAAGGAGCUGGACUACCUGAAGGGAGCCGUGGACAGCCCGGUGAAACCGAUGGCGGCCAUCGUGGGCGGCGCCAAGGUGAGCACGAAGAUCCCGGUGAUCGAGUCCAUGCUGGAGAAGGUGGACAAGGUGAUCAUCGGCGGAGGCAUGGUGUUCACCUUCCUGAAGGCACGCGGCCUCUCGGUCGGGAACUCCCUGGUGGAGGACGACCUCAUCCCAGUUGUGAAGAAGCUGGAGGAGCAGGCCAAGGCCAAGGGCGUCGAGAUCAUCCUCCCGAGCGACAUAGCUUGCGGCGAUGAGUUCCCCGCGGGGGGCAAAGAGGUGAACUACAAGGUGGUGCCCGCGGAUGAUAUCCCGGACGGCUGGCUCGGCCUGGACAACGGCCCGAAGGCGACCGAGGAGAUCAAGGCUGCUCUGGCGGAUUGCAAGACGAUCAUCUGGAACGGCCCGAUGGGCGUGUUCGAGAGCCCGCAGUUCAGCAAGGGCACCUACGACGUGGCGGAGUGCAUCGCCGAGCUGACGGAGAAGAACGGCGCCAUCAGCAUCAUUGGUGGCGGUGACUCCGUGUCCGCGGUGAACAAGUCCGGCCUGGCGCCGAAGAUGUCGCACAUCUCCACUGGGGGCGGUGCCAGCCUGGAGCUGCUGGAGGGCAAGGUGCUGCCAGGUGUGGCUGCGCUGGACGAGAAGGAGAUGGCCGCCGCUGCGUUUUGCGGACAGCGCAAGGUCCCCAAGGCUUCCAGGACCAGCCUGCGGGCCAAGAAGUCCGUGGAGGACCUGGGCGAGGCGGACCUCAAGGGGAAGACGGUGCUGAUCCGGUGCGACCUCAACGUGCCCUGA